AUGGUAUAUCUUACCCAGGUCGUUUACCAAACAGAUGUCGGGACGUCAUCCAAUAAGGCCGUUCUGCUAGGACAUACCCCCCCAGCGUUGGAAAGCGACCAGGCGCAGCAUUCGAUCGCGUUGCUCACACCCGCUGUUACCACCAGAUGGGAAGGCGAGAGUGGGGUAUAUGACAAGAAGUGCCGGGUUAAGAAGCUGAAUAAUGCAUCUUGGAGUUUCUUGGAGCCUGUGAAGCCGUCGCCGUAUGUUAGACCAUGGACGAUUGCGAGGGACUAUGGACUAGUCAACGGGAUGUUUCUUGGUGGGAAGAUAGGUUAG